GGCGCAUUGUGGGUAGGUCAGAGCGAGAAACUGGGGAAAGACAUGUGCUGUGCAAGUGUCAGACCGACUGACUGAGAGGGAGACAGAAACGGACCAGGGGGUUACGAACACCGGAACAGACAGGUUACGAACCUGACAGUAGUGACAUGUACUGCACUCGGCGCUGCAUCAGGACCGCGCUGCGGAUCGCAGCAAAGACGCACCGGCAGGACCUGAGAGUGCCCACACUCUGUGGCCUGAGGGCGUUGAAGACCAGCUCCGCCUGCCCGUCCGACACCAUCGCCGCCCCGCCAUUGGACGGCGCGCCAAAGCAUUACUCCCCCAAAAUCCAGCAGCUGGUCAACGACAUCGCGAGCCUCACACUGCUGGAGGUGUCCGACCUCAACGAGCUGCUCAAGAAAACGCUGAAUAUCCAGGAUGUGGGCAUGAUGCCCACGGGAGCUGUGGCAGCGGCGGCCCCACCUGCAGCCCAGGCAGCGGAAGAAGACGUGGGCCCAGUGAAGAAAGAGAAGACCCACUUCACAGUGAAACUGACAGAGCUAAAAGCAGCUGAAAAAGUUAAACUGAUCAAGGAGGUGAAGAACUGCAUCCAGGGCUUAAACCUUGUGCAGGCUAAGAAGCUGGUGGAGUCGCUACCGCAGGAGAUCCGAGCGAACGUGGCCAAAGAAGAGGCAGAGAAGCUGAAGGCGGCGCUGGAAGCAGCGGGGGGCACAGUCGUACUGGAAUAGAUAACAUCCUCACCCUGUUUGUCUGGUUGUUUUGGUCAUUUUUUUAUUAUUAUUUACCUCCUCAUUUUUUUUCUUUUUUUUACACAGUGGAAGGUUCAUGUAAUUGUAAUAGAAUUGUCCUUUGGUGCCACUCGCUCUGCGGGCCGUCUGAGGCAGGCGGGGGGGGGGGGGGGG